AUGGGGUGCGGGGCUUCGCAGCUCCAGGAGCCUGGAUCGCAAGUCCUGGUUCACCCGCCGCCACGCGACGAGCCUGACAUUCCAGCGGCUGCUCACUUCGAGGAGAUGCCGGAGGAGCGCGCACUAUCAACGCGCAAGAGCGCGCGCAACGUCAACUUCCAGCGCCAGCGCACCCGGAGACAAAGCAUAGGCUCGCGCAAGGACGUCAUGCGGCCGACUCACGACGCCUCCCGGGUCCGGCUCGACCCGGAGCUGCCCGCCACGCAAUCGAUCGACCCCCGUGGAAUCAGCCAGAGCAUGUUGGACCGCUCGCGCCGGCUUCACGCCGAGCGUCUGCGCGCAGCUAGGGGGCACGGGCACCGGCGGUCGCUCGAGGUGCCGCACGGGAAGGGCGCGCGCGCGAACAACCGAUCGUCGAUGGCCGCCGAGAUGCUCAAGUACAGGGGCGCCGUGUACGACGACGAAGCCCUCGCGUCGCAGAAGUCCGUCGGGCUGCUCCUGGAGGCUCUCGGGCAGGAGCUCGGACAAUCCUCGCGGACGGAGGAGUACGCGUGA